AUGGUGCUCCACAAUCCUAACAAUUGGCAUUGGGUGAACAAGGAUGCCUUUGCGUGGACCAAGGACUACUUGCAAAAGACUCUUUCUACCAUCUCCGCAGAGGAGAAUGGGGUGACUGCUCAGAUAAAAAGAGUCAUCAGCAUGGAUGGCGACGUAGAUGUCAGCCAACGGAAAGGCAAGGUUAUCACAUUAUUUGAUGUUAAACUACAGUUAGAGUAUGAAGGUAAGACGAGCGACGAUGAGGAAGUAAGCGGCUCAAUCAACAUCCCGGAGGUCGCCCACGAUACCGAGGAAGACCAGUAUGUCUUUGAUAUUGGUAUCUACUCCGAAUCUGCCUCGAAGCAACCGGUGAAAGACCUUGUGCGCUCUAAACUCGUCCCUGAAAUGCGCAAGGAAUUGGCAAAAUUAGGUGCUGCUUUGAUUACCGAGCAUGGGAAGGAUAUCCAGCAUGCACCCGAAUCAAACCCUUCGAGUGGCUUUGCGACUCCUGCACACCUACCCAAGACCACCACGCCAGCCCCAAGUACCUCCACUCCCAGCUCUACAACCACCGGUGCAGGUACCGUUAAUACUACAACUGUUACUGCCACAGACGAAUUCCGCACAACAGCAGAAGAACUCUAUACAACCUUCACCGAUCCUCAGCGUAUUGCCGCUUUCACUCGUGGAGCUCCUCGACGGUUUGACGGUGCAAAGGCUGGCGGCAAAUUCUCCAUCUUCGAUGGCAACGUCGAGGGUGAAUAUGUCAAGAUAGAGCCCUCUACAAAUAUUGUUCAGAAAUGGAGGCUUGCCCAGUGGCCCGAGGGUCACUAUUCCACGCUUGAAAUCAAAUUUGAUCAGAAUGAUGUGGACAAAGUUACCAACAUGCGUGUUCAAUGGGAGGGUGUCCCUGUAGGGCAGGAAGAGGUUGUCAAGAGGAACUGGGAAGGAUACUACGUUCGAAGCAUUAAGCAGACUUUUGGGUACGUUUGA